AUGGGACAAAAAAAUAGUAGAAUAAAAAUCACAGAAACUGAUAAAGCUAUCUUACAAUUGAAAACUUCGAAGGAUCAAAUCCAUCGAUACACUAAAAAGACAAAUCAAUACAUUCAACUCGAAAAAUCUCAAUUAAAACAAUUAAUUCAAAAUGAUCCUCAAAAUUAUAAAAAAAAUUUGAAAAUACGAUUUCUUUUGAAAAGAAUUCAUUAUCAAGAACAUCUUUUACAACAAGCUAUGGAUCAACUAAUAAAUUUGGAAAAUAUGGUUUCCACUUUAGAAUUUAAAUUAGUAGAGACUCAAUUUAUUAAUGGGUUGAAAAAUGGUAACGAAAUACUAACAAAACUAAAUAAAGAAUUUACUAAUGUUGAUACUUUAAUGGAUAAUGUACAAGAACAAAUUCAAUAUCAAGAUGAAAUUACAAAUAUUUUAUCAAAAAGUAUCGUAGGCGUAGAUUUCGAAGAUGAAUUAGAUAAAGAAUUAGAUAUGAUUGAAAAUAAUUUAAAUUCAAAUCAAGAUAUUCAAUUACCUUCAUUAAAGGAUGCCCCUUUGAAAGACCCAUCGUUAAAUGCACCUGUGCCUGUGAAAACCGCACCUGUCGAAGACCCCUCAUCGAAAGAAGAACCAUUAUUAGCAUAA